AUGAGCUCGUCGUGCGUCUCCGCGCGCGCGCUCGUCGACGGCGGCGGCAGGACGACGCCGACCGCGCGCGCGAUGACGACGACGACGACGCAUCAUCAUCAUCUUCUUCUUCAUCAUCAUCAUCAUCAUCAUCAUCAUCAUCACCGCCGCCGUCGCUCCGUCUUCUCCCGCGCCGCGUCCACGUCCGCGUCCGCGUCCGCGUCUCCGCCGUCGUGGGCGUCCGACCUCGCGUCCACGCUCCCGCCGCGCUUCGAGCGCGCGCCGUCGACGUACUGGGACCUCGACGCCCCCGGGCAGCUCCACGGCGAGGACUCCAUCAUGGCUGCGCUGCACGCCUCGGGCGACUUUUUCCGCGUCCCGAGGUGCGUUCUACACACUGGUCCCCAUACGACCGCGAUCGCGUGGUGA